AUGUCUGGAAUCAACAGACCGAUGAGUCAAAUGAGAAAGUUAGAAACGGAGGGGUUCUUGCAGAGCGCGGCCACGCUCGCUUCCGAGGCUGCGCUCACAGGGGAAUAUGAGCUUUGCGACAACAUUGAUCUUGAUAUUAUAUUGCAGGAUUAUUGUAGCUAUUACCUGAUACGCUUCAACAAGCAGCCGCUGUUCCUACGUCAGGUGGACGCAGAGAGGCCGUUGGUUCGCAGGCCGCAGACCAGGCGUGGUCCUCGAGAGGACAGGAGACCCGAGCCAGUCGCCGUGGCAGAGGAGAAGGAAUCAGAUUUACCGUCCACUUUCACUGUCACCAAGUUGGUCAGGGCAUUUGCAUCGCAUGAAAGAACAAGCUCAUGUAAGGAUGUAAGGUCCAAUACAGAAAAGGGUGGGAAUGCGUUUCAAUUAACGUUAUGAACGUUAAUAUGUGGAAAAAUUCGAAAACAUCUAAAUACCGUACACAGUAAAGUAAUAUAUUUGCCUAUGCCAUAGUUAGAACGCCUUGAAGUCCCAAAGAGCCGAUAAUGGGCUAUUGACCAAAUUCGGGCCGUCUAUCCCAUGUGUUUCUUCUUCUAUUAUUAUUCCUUUCAGGAAGCCCAGUUUCAGAACUCGGUAAUUCCAGCCAUCGAAAAGAAACCUUUGGCAGGAUUACUUGCGAAUCAGUGCGCAGAGAAGAAGGAACUGGUGGAAAUGAUCUAUCAGGACAUUGUCCGACCUUCAGGGGUAUGCUGGGAAGACAUCGUGGGUUUGGAACAUGCAAAGAGCUUAUUAAUGGAAUCUAUUAUAUACCCAGUUAGGUAUCCGGAGGUAUUCACUGGAUUACUUGAGCCGUGGCGAGGCGUGCUGUUGCACGGUCCACCCGGCACCGGUAAAACGAUGCUGGCUCGCGCCGCCGCCACCGAGACUUGCUGCACAUUCUUCAAUGUCACCUGCAGCACAUUAGUGAACAAGUGGCGCGGCGAGUCUGAGAAGAUAGUCAAGGUGCUAUUCGAAAUGGCGUCAUAUUAUUCGCCUUCGAUUAUUUUCGUUGACGAGGUGGAGACGAUAGCUUCUGAUCGGUCAGCUCCUGGAGAACACGAGGCCUCCAGGAGGCUGAAAGUGCAGCUGUUAACGGAAUUGGACGGAAUCACGUCUAGGGACGGCGUCGUAUUCCUGUUGGCCAAUUCCAAUAUGCCGUGGUGAGAUAAUUUGGUUAGUUUAAUUAUAAAAGUUCUCGAUAUAAUAUCUCCCGCCGUAAAUUUGCGAAAUGACGGUUUACCUUACGACUUUCACAAGUGAUUGAAACAAUCUAAGACUGGAUAAAUGGUUUUGAAUUUUAACAAUAAUCAUUAUGAACAGAACGUUGGACAUAGGUUUUAAGGAUAUUAUACACUUAUGUACAUUAUAUAAGUAUCUCCUGUGACUAACUGAUUGGACUAGGGUAAAAUAUUUUUAGGUUCUGUCAGAGAAAGCUUGUGUUCUAACAGUGGAAAUAUAC